AAAACUAGACGCACAGGAGCAGUUUGAGCGGCAAAGCCUGGCUCCCACAAGCAACAUGAGCGGCCGAGUCGGGGACCUGAGCCCCCAGCAACAGGAGGCACUGGCCAGGUUCCGGGACAGCCUCCAGGACCUGCUGCCCACCUUGCCCAAGGCUGAUGAUUACUUCCUCCUGCGCUGGCUGCGAGCUCAGAAGUUUGACCUGAAGAAAUCUGAGAACAUGAUCCGGAAGCACCUGGAGUUCCGGAAGCAACAGGACCUGGAAAAUAUCCUUGAGUGGCAGCCCUCAGAAGUAAGCCUCACGAAGCAUCCCCCAGGCCAUCUGGUGAUCAAGCUGUACGACUCAGGCAGUCUGUGUGGCUACGACUAUGAUGGCUGCCCCCUGUGGUUCGAAAUCAUUGGUAACAGUGACCCGAAGGGCCUCCUUCUGUCAGCAUCCAAGCAGGAGCUCAUCCGGAACCGUAUCAAGAUCUGUGAGAUGAUUUCGCGUGAGUGUGAGCUGCAGAGCCAGAAGCUGGGCAGGAAGAUAGAGACAAUGGUAAUGGUGGCUGACAUGCAGGGGCUGAGCCUGAAACACCUGUGGAAGCCAGCCAUGGACGUCUACCAGCAGUUUUUUGUCCUCCUGGAUGCAAAUUAUCCCGAGACGGUGAAGCAUUUAAUUGUUAUUCGAGCCCCUAAGCUGUUCCCUGUGGCCUUCAACUUGGUCAAGCCAUUCAUAAGUGAGGAGACUCGAAAGAAGAUAGUGAUUCUGGGAGGCAACUGGAAGCAGGAGCUGCUGAAGUUCAUCAGCCCCGACCAGCUGCCCAUGGAGUAUGGGGGGACCAUGACCGACCCUGAUGGCAAUCCCAAGUGCCUGACCAAGAUCAACCACGGAGGCGAGGUGCCCAAGAAGUACUACUUGCAAAACCAGGUGAGGAUGCAGUACGAUCACACGGUGACCAUUGGCCGUGGCUCCUCCCUGCAGGUGGACAAUGAGAUCCUGUUCCCGGGCUGUGUGCUCAGGUGGCAGUUUGCAUCAGAUGGGUCAGACAUCGGUUUUGGAGUUUUCCUGAAGACCAAGAAAGGACAGAAGCAGCGAGUGGAGGAGAUGACGGAGGUGCUGCCCAGCCAGCGCUACAACGCCCACCUGGUGCCCGAGGACGGCAGCCUCACCUGCCUCAAGGCUGGCAUCUAUGUCCUGCGCUUUGACAACACCUACAGCCUGAUGCACUCUAAGAAGGUCAGCUACACCGUGGAGGUGCUGCUCCCUGACAAGGCCUCCCAGGAGAAGCUUUGGGCUCUCGAGGAGACAGGACCGCCCCCAGCACAAUGAAGAAAGACCCUGGGUGUGCCUCUGUGCCUGUGCCCUCCAACCCCCUUGUCCCCCCACUCCCUGUCCCCUACCCUCCCAGGCAGGGUGGUGCUGGAGGUGAGUGCAGAGAGUACUCACCCUACAUGGCCAUCUCAACUCCUCACGGGACCACCUGGCACAGUGGCCAAGCAGGAAGGGGACACCCAGUGGACUCAGAUGAGCAUCUUAUCCCCUGCUUGGAAAGACUGCGAACGAGAACCCCAAGAAAGAACCUGCCUGCAGAAGGGGCCCUGAGUCUGCUUGACAAGGUCCAUCUGUCUCAGGGCUCAGCCACGCCUGGCAUCCAGGUUUG